ACUGCACUGUGUGCCGGCGCACUUUUUCCAUAGGCAUGCUUCUAGUGGUGGGCACAAGAAGAACAUGAGGGGUGUGAAAGCUCAGGGAACCCUUAACCAUUUUUUUGUCCACCAGGCCACGGCAGAAGCAGAUAUGUAAGGAAUUCGCACAUUUCCGAAAGAUGACAGCAACUCCGUCAGUGAAAGGCAAGCAGAAUGUGGUGAUCAUGGGCAAGAAGACGUGGUACUCCAUCCCAGAGAAGAACAGACCUCUGAGCAACAGAGUCAACAUUGUCCUCAGCAGGAAGUGCAAAGUGCCCCCUGCAGGAGCACACUACUUGGCGUCAGACUUCAGCUCAGCCCUCAGGCUAAUCGAAACAGAACUGGCUGAUCAGGCCGAUCAGGUCUGGGUUAUAGGGGGCAGUUCUCUCUACAAGGAGAUGAUGGGGAGCACGGGAAUGAGAAGACUGUUUGUCACUCAAAUUCUGAAGCAGUUUCAGUGCGACACAUUCUUACCUGAGAUCAGUCUGGACAAAUAUCGUCUGCUGCCAGAGUUUCCAGAUGUACCACAUGAGCUGCAGGAGGAGAAUGGGAUUCAGUACCGAUUUGAAGUCUAUGAGAGCAUCCAGGAAUGAUGAGGCAACGCAGAAAUCAAAAAAGUUGAUGUGAUUUGUAAAUGAUCACCAUUAUGUAAAUGCUGGACUUAUUGUUUGGAACAGACGGCGGAAAACAAAAACAAACCUGUGUUAAGUAGUACUGGAAUUGACCCACCACACUUCACAGGUGUGAUGGAAGUGAUGCUGGGACUAGAUCUAGUUUGAUUUGAGUUUGUUCAGUUUUGUUUCCUUCAAGUAAUGAAUGAUCUUAGAAAAGGAAGAGGUAUGUAAAGGUGUAGUCUCUGAUCUCUUUUCUCAUAUAAAUGUGUCACAGCAAAGUAAACAAAAUAAAGUGCAACUGUGGCUUCUGGAAAGUCACUUGUUUAAUUUA